CUCAUGUUUCUCUUUCCUGUGUAGUUGCACAACUGCGUUGUUUUCAUCUUGGUGGUUCUGUCACAGACACAUGCAGUGAUGGUGGAGGAUCAAGCAGCAAGCGUAUCAGAGGCCAUCACCACCGUGAUGGGCGGAAGUAAACCUGUGCACCGCUUCCUCAGAGGACAACCCAAGAGUAUCGGAGUCGUGCUGGUGAUGAUGGGUAUAGGUCUAUUCAUGUUUGCAAUUCCUAUGAAUGUGCAAUCAGAUGCACCCAUCUCAGCGGAUCAGUUCACCCCAUUCUGGCUUGGGAUCUUGUUCUUUAUCUGUGGCCUUCUAUAUAUACUGUCUGAGCGCAACCCCUCCAAAAAGAUGAUCACAGCCAGCCUUGCUCUGAGUAUCAUCUCAGUCAUUGGAGUGCUGUCUGCUUUGGUGGAAUUCUCCAGAGCAAUUGCUGGAAUCUAUCACACACAUUGGGUUGAUACAUAUGACAAUUACACAGAGGAGGAGGAAAUGUAUGCUGAACAACAUUAUUUGCCCAUGAAAAACAUGGAGAUAGUGUUCUUCUGUCACAGCUUGAUAGGAGGCGUUCUGCUUGUAGUCAUGACGUUCUUCGCCAGGGCAGCGCUGCCCUAUUUGAUACUGUAA